CAACACUGAUGACGUUUUACUGCUGUGUGCUCUCACACACACACGCACACACGCGCGCACACACACAAAUCCUGAAGUUGUUGUUUUUAAAUAGCCAUGUUGGCUUCGCCCUGGUGUUUGCUCUCUUCCAAGCCGGGCUCUCGGUGGUAAGCUGUUUCACUCACAGGGCUUAACUCAAGGAAGCACACCUGUUGCACGCUUGUUAUCUACCUGUAAUUGAUAGAUAACGAAUUAUUUUCACUGCCAAGACUUGACCAGUUUGUCACGCUGAGGAGGUGCAUGAUCACCGGACAUGGCACAGUACAAGAAGAUAGAUGGACAAUGUUCAAACCAUCUGGCAAAAAGCAAAUCGCAGUAUUUCAAAGAAGAACACUUGGAGAUCGAGCUCUUCCAGAGGGACUCAGACCUCAGGCACAGACAACUGACUUGUAUCAAGAACCCAGGGCACGAGAAAUUGGUGCCCAUCAAUGAGUUGACAUUGGAGAACUUUCCCCUUCCGUUAAGACAUCAGUGUGUCAUGGACUAUGUGACAGCCUUCAGUCCGCUGGUUGUAAGGAUUAAGGUCAAGCACACCAGCUCUGGGAGAGCCAAAGACGACCCUUUCCAUAAGAUUGUGGGGCGCUGCGUGUACAGGGGCGCCACUGGGUGCGUGGAUCAGGUGGUGGAUGUCAAGAACAUACACGAGUUCCCUUGCAAGGACGACGCCUGCAUUCUUAGCGGAACUGACCAUUACGUUUACGGCUUCAUUGACGUCUGGACCAACCGGCAUGUCGUUUUUGACGCCAAGGAGGCGCAGAGCACCGAGGUGGAGUUUUUCUUCGACACUCCGGACAGACAGGGAGUCGUGACGCUGAAGGGUCACGACGUACGGAAAGACGCCACCGGAAAUGACGACAUGGUUCUUCUGCGCUGCCUCAGCCACGACACAGACUUUAUCCCAAAGAUUCAUCGCUUAGUGGAGGAGGCGAAGGUCCUUGGAGCUGCCAUACCGCGGUCCAUAAAGGACAGCUCCAUGACAGACUACGCCAUGGUCGUGUCUCACCCUCACGGGACUUCAAAGACGUUCUCAGUUGGAGAGCUGAUGGAGUAUCACAAGAUCCCGGACAAGGCCGGAUUCCUGUCGCGCUUUCUCAGGGAGCAUUCCUGGAAACACAGCCACCGGCUUCGAGUGUCUAUAUACACCACACCCACCUGCCCCGGUUGCUCGGGCGCCCCAGUAGUCACGGGGUAUGACGACGGGUGGUCCUGGUGGAAAAUGUGCCAUAGCACGGCAGAUCUUGUUUCGGGAAUGCAACUAGCUUUUACGUACAGAUAAAUAUUAUAAGAAGACUUGAAGAUUUGUCUUUUCAUAUGAACUUUUACAUACAGAUAUACAUUAUCAUUGGAAGACUUUAAGUAAGAUUUAUCUCAUAAGUUACCGACGUUACUUCAAAAAAGAAGAUAAUUAGGUCCUUCGCGUAUUUAUCAGCAUGUCUAUCAGCGAUUUCAUUCAUGACAAAACAUUAUCAUUCGAAGACUUUAAGUAAGAUUUUUAUCUUAUCUUAUAAGUUACCGACGUUACUUCAAACGAGAAGAUAAUUGGGUCCUACGCGUAUUUGUGUGGCAAUCUAACAAAGCAUGUUAAUCAGCGAUGUAAAUUCUGCUAAGUCGAUGGUUUUCCUGGCCGAUUUGGUCUGUAUAUAUGCACCGCAUACAUCAAAACAUGUAGAUUCUAAUAUUAAGCUUAAGAUUUAUGUUUGUCCAAAAAUUUCGGUACAUUAGAAAAGUUGGAUUAGAUUAGCAGUUUAUGUGAUUUAAAAUAGAUGUGUGUCUUUCUGCAUAAUAUGAACAGUGCCUUUCAAGGAGAGUAAAUACAAAACAUCUAUUAGGUUAUACUUUAAUCCUGUGGCUAAACAAAGUGAGACAAAUACUGGAUAGCUCUUUGUCUGUUACUGGAUAGCUCUUUGUCUGUUACUGGAUAGCUCUUUGUCUGUUACUGGAUAGCUCUUUGUCUGUUACCGGAUAGCUCUUUGUCUGUUACUGGAUAGCUCUUUGCCUGUUACUGGAUAGCUCUUUGCCUGUUACUGGAUAGCUCUUUGCCUGUUACCGGAUAGCUCUUUGUCUGUUACUGGAUUGUUGUAAAAUAAGUGUAUUAGUGUUUAUAUGUAACACAAAUCCACUUUUGCCUUAUCAUUCAUAAUGUUUAUACACUUUUACUUUUCUGAUCAUUUUUUUUAUUAAUCAAACUUUACAAUAGUUCAGUUGAGAUUUAACACUUCACUUGGAUUUUUAAAAAUGAUAUCCCCAUUUCACCUGAAUUUCCUGAUUUCUUUGGAACAUACACAUGUCGCUCUUUAGUGGGAGAUUUUAACAUUUAUAGUGGUUGUGAAAGUUUGACACUGAACGGUGAGGCUGGAAGAAGAAUUCACGACUUUGAGGGUAAAAGCUACUGAGAAAUGCUGGGUAUCAGACACCAAGAAAAGAACACAAAUUAGUUUGUACUUUUAACAAGUCACUGGCUGACAAAAGGUGCAACACAGCCAUACUAUGAAGAAUUGAAAGUUGAGCUGGUUUGGUCAUAUUAUAAGACAAGACUCACUGUCAAAAGUAAACUUAACUCUUUCUCUCCCGUUCGACGAUGCCACCGUUGAUUUGACCCUAUUAAAGUAACUUAAUUUGUGGGUUUGUAAACUUUAAUUUGUGUUAUUUAAAAAGGGCAUACAUCUAUCUAUAUCAAUUAUAAUAUUUUCUGAUUAAAAUAAAACCAUUAUUGAAGUUAACCCCUAACAGGCUACUGAAAUACAAAUAAGAAAAAAAUAAUUUCUUCUCAACAUGAAAAAUAAUUAGGGAGAGAGAGAGAGUUAAAGGUACAGUGAAGGAAGAAUAACUGGAAAACGUAAAAGACUGUACCGGCUUCACUCUUGAUAUCCUUCUAAAAACAGCCGCUGACCGGGAACAAAUGGAGAGAUUUGGUUACACGAACUUCACAGCACCUCAAGGGACAGAUGAUGAUGAUGAUGAUGAUGAUGAUGAUGAUGAUGAUGAUGAUGAUGAUGAUGAUUCUAGUCAAAUAAAAGAUGUUGCCGAUUGCUUCCUAAAUUCAACAUUCGAGGAGUCUAUAAACUUGCCAGUGUGUACAGUUAUUGUACAACACUAUGUGCUAGCAAUGUUGUUAUAAGUUUAUAUUUACUCAUUACAAGUUCUAUGUUUUUUAUUUCAUUUUUCUAAAGUGUGUCUACCAUUGCUGUUUGGUUUUCUUAUGAACAAGCAAAACAGUUUAGAUAAGAAAUAAUUAAAAGCCUAAAAAGAAUGGAUAGAAUUAAAAGAGGCCCAUGUCUACAUUGAUAAAGAUUGUUAGUCUAUUAUGUAAACACAAUUUGAUCGUAGCUCCUUUAUUCUGUGGUUGAACAAUGAGGUGUUUAAAAGUUUCUACAAAUAAGAAAAUUUACCAUCUUCAAACAGUGUGAAAAGUGUUCAUGUUCAUUUUAUAGUCCUAAAUGGUGCAUUACAUUCAAGUAACUAGUUUAUUAUUAUUACAGUUAAUCUAAGCCAUAGGCCAAUUAUAUAAAAUAUUAUAAAAAGAGAGAAGAAAAUAAAGGAGAUUAUAAGAGGUUGUCAUUGUAGUCCGACACUUGAUAGUCCGACACUUGAUAGUCCGACUCUUCAUAAUCUGACACACUUGAUAAUCUGACACACUCACUAAUCUGAGGUGGCGCCGUGGUAAGAUUUAAAUUGUAAUCUAGUAGGCCUACAGACUGUGAAAUUUGAAAUCAUAUGUUUUGUACUUUUUAGAUGAAUACAUAAAAGAAAGACUUAUUGCAAUAAAUUUAAAUUGAUUUGUCUUGACACAUUAAUUUGUAAAAUUAUUUGAAGUUCAUCUAACUUUUGGUAGUGCGACGUUUUCGGCGAAUGACAUCCUCCCUGUCUCCUAUCAGUCGAACUAUAAAAAAAUUCAACUGUAUUUAUAAAUAAAUUAUGAGUUACUGCAUCCUAAGUACAAAACGCGCCUUGGAAGGGGCCCAUUAUUAUUAUUAUAGCUUUUAUAUAGCGCUACUUUCAUACUUUCAUGGGGAGAGGGUAUCUAGGAGUUGGUUUUCCGUGCUGCCUUUAGGCGCUCAGUAAACACAACUCUGUCCGAGUCGGGUGUCGAACCUCGAGCCCCCUUCAAGGUAGCUAAGCCAAGCCAAGUUCAAGCCUCUCGACCACGCUUCCCACCAUAUGGAAUAGUACAAGUUGACCUACAUUUUAAAACCUUAAAAUAAUUUUGUGCUCUAUUUUUUAGCUGUUUAGAAUCAAAUCAAAAUGUCAACAAAGAACAGGUUACUGUCAGUGGCCUUCAGUAUGAAAAUUCAUAAUUGACAGAUCUUUGCUCAAAUAAAGAUACUGCAAAUAAACUAUGCAUC